AUGCCGCCGCGCAAGCCGCCAGCCAAGGGCAAGGGCCCGCCCCCAAAACCAGCCCCAACUUCAAAACCGCGACGGUCAAAGCUAGCCAAGGACAACGACAUCACGGCGGAAGAAGAGGCAGAGAUCAAGGAAGCAUGGAAUCUGUUUCGGCUGGAGGAUGUCGAGGGCUACGAAGGCGAAAAGGAAGGUGUUCUUCGGACGAGCAAUGUGCAGCAUGUCAUGCGAGCACAGGGCCUGGCUCCCAAAAACGAGGCAGAUAUGCGAGAAUUCAUCGAGACGCUUGACCCAGAGUCGGAGGGCUACGUAACAUAUCCGCAUCUCCUCGCUCUCUGCGCAAUACAACUGAAAUCCAAGACCGACGAGACCAAGGUGGAAGAAGUCGAGACCGCAUUCAACCUCUUCCAUCCCGGUCAAGGUAACGGCGGUGAGGAACCAGUGAUACGGUUGCAGGAUCUGCGAGCAGUGGCGAAAGUACUGAAAGAAGACGUCAGUGACGACGUGCUUAGAGCGAUGAUCCUGGAGGCAAACGGAGGGAAGGGCGUCGGGUCUGGCGUCAACAUGGAGGAUUUCCAAGCUGUGCUGACCCGAGCAGGGGUGUUUCAGUAG